AUGAAUAUAGGAAUCAGAAAAGUUGUCGCUAUAAAUAAUCCAAGGCUACACUUCAUGUCAAAGAGCAUAGAAAUUAGAAGUAAAGACAAGUCCAAAAGGCGUCAACACAUGGCUGCACUAUUCAUCUCACACUUGCAUAAACCGUCAUACCAUUAUGGAACGCCACCAAAAUGGUAUGGAUGUGUGGGACAGGGUCGGGUGAACCAGCUCGGCGGUUUGUUCAUCAACGGGAGACCACUGCCGAACCACAUCCGACUCAAGAUAGUGGAAAUGGCUGCGGCUGGUGUCAGACCGUGUGUUAUUUCGCGCCAACUUCGAGUGUCACACGGAUGCGUCUCCAAAAUUCUUAAUAGGUACCAGGAGACGGGGUCAAUCAGACCAGGAGUAAUUGGCGGAUCAAAACCCAGAGUGGCAACACCCGAAGUUGAAGCCCGAAUUGAAGAACUGAAACGACAGAAUCCAGGAAUAUUUUCCUGGGAAAUAAGGGAAAAGUUAAUAAAGGAGGGUGUUACGGACCCACCAAGCAUAUCAUCUAUUUCGCGUCUCUUAAGGGGUGGUUCACGAGAUCCGGACGGAAAAAAGGACUACAGUAUUGAUGGCAUACUUGGAGGUAGAGGUUCAGAUUCUUCAGACAUUGAAUCUGAACCUGGUUUAACCCUGAAACGAAAACAACGUCGAUCAAGAACCACAUUCACCGGUGAACAACUGGAUGCCCUCGAAAGAGCAUUUCAUAGAACACAAUACCCAGAUGUAUAUACUAGAGAGGAAUUGGCACUACAAACAGGUCUCACAGAAGCCCGUAUCCAGGUUUGGUUCUCUAAUCGCAGAGCACGGCUUCGAAAGCACACAGGGUCUAAUACUGCACAAACACUUGCCAGCUACUCUACCAUACCAAUGCCACAGAUACCGUGCCCGUAUCCAACAGGAGAAAUAUCUACACUCUCGCAACAUCAUCCUCAACAUAGCGAUAGUUGGCAUCACCAAAAAUACGCUAACUACAAUCAGCUUAUGGCCCAGUCUCAACAUUUGAACCAAGCUUUCCAGAAUGCAGCUUUUCCAAGUACAUCAGGUUCUACUUUUGGGCACCUCGUUUCUGGUACAAGUGGACCGCCUCAUAGCCAAAUAUUAGAUCCAAGUGUACCGAGAAACGAUUAUCCGCGAUAUUCUAAUGAUGUUUAUAAUAAAACUAUUAAUUAUUUACCAAAAGAAACUGAAGGAGAGGAUAAAGUAACUGGUGAUGAAGUAAUAGAGCCUCGAGAUGAGUCUUUUGUUAAAAAUACACCGAGUGACUACACUAAAGAGUUACCAAGUAGUGAAUAUCCUAAAGUUCCUACAGAUUAUUCUAAAGUAUCGGUUGACCCCACAGCAUCUACAAAUUGGAGUCCGUCCCAUAGCUCUCUAAACAUGAGUUUAGCUGGUUUAUCUAGUGAAUAUAAAUAUAUGAACGAUCCGUAUGCUUUUCCCAAUAUGGUAGACCCUCUUAACCAGCAUAACUAUCCUAAUCCCCCGAACACAACUAAUAAAUACUGGAUU